AUGAUGGGCUUGCCUUGGACGGUGAUUUCUUGGCUGCUGUGGAUCCCCCUUGCUGCUGUUCUCGGGAGUAGCAGUCAUGUGUACAAUCAUUCCAGUACUGGUAUCAUCACUCCUGUUUUGGCGCAUCCCAGACUCUGCGAGAAUGAUGAUACUGAUGACAACAGCUGCCAUGGUAUGGUAGAAUCCAUGAAACGGCAAUGGCGGCAACAACAGAGAAGGAAUUUGCAGCGGGGGAGUCACAAUCCCAAUUUGGGCAAUUUCAAGGCGCUGGUUCUUUUGGUACAAUUCACAGAUCACGGGAAUCGCAACCUGAUUCCAAAGGCAACUAUUGAAGAACUCUGGAAUGGCCAAAUCAAGGACUGGUUCAACGUCAAUUCACACGGCAAGUACACGGUAGAUCCCGUCAUUAUCGAUUGGCAAAUGACCGACAAUACCGAACAGUACUACGCCAUUGGAAAAUCUGGUCUGGAUCCAUCGCUACCCAAAGCCAUGUGGCCCAUUCUCAAUCGACUCGACGCCGAGCCGGGAUGGGAUUGGUCCCAGUUUGAUGUCGAUCAAGAUGGAAAGUUGGAUUCGGUCGUCAUGCUGCAUUCCGGGAUUAGCGCCGUCGUGGGAGGAGACGAUUGUUUCAAUACUGGAUUUGCCGAUCGAAUAUGGCCUCAUGCAUACAUCAAUUCGGUCGAUCCCAAUUCCUGGAGAUCCGAAGAUGGUAAUUUCAAAAUGGGUGGUUAUACUGUCAAUUCGGUAUAUGAUGAUGUUUGCGAUGACAAACCAAUGACGGCUGGGCUCACAUGUCACGAGUACAUGCACACAUUUGAUUUGAUUGAUUUGUACGACGGCAUAGACUUAUCCGCUGCCAAGGGAGUCGGAGCCUGGGACGUCAUGGGACACCCGUACGGGGCCGAUCACAAGGGCAUUCCGGGAUUGCUCAGUACGUGGAGCAAAAUGGCAGCCGAAUGGAUCACACCCACGCUCAUCACCAAGGAUGGAGUUUACACGGUUCAACCGGCACACGACAAUCCAAGUGCCUAUCGCAUUGAACUUUUGAAGACCGCGGACGGAUUAUUUGACAGCAAGGCAGAAUACUUGUUGAUUGAAAAUCGACAACCCACUGGAUUUUUUGAAAAACCCUUGUGGGGAUCUGGCCUCUUGAUUGUCCAUGUCGAUGACGGAGCCGAAGGCAUGAACAACAGAGGCUACAAAGGCCAGGAUGGAUGGCCACAAAAUGGAAACCACUAUCAAGUGGCUGUCGUCCAGAAAGAUGGCAACUAUGAUCUGGAAUUGAAUGUCAAUUAUGGGGAUGAAGGAGAUCUCUUUGUACCUGGGGACACGUUGGGUCCGGGAAAACAAAGUGAUGGAUCCAUCGUCUAUCCCAACACGGACUCGUACCAAGGCGGCAACAUUGUGGAGACUGGCAUUGUCAUUGAGGUACUGGAGCAGGUUGGCUCCGAUUUCACCUUUCGCGUAUCGGGUAUCACACAGCAACCCACAAGUGGCGGAGGUGACGUCGUGGUAAUCUCGAAUCCGACAAGUGCGCCAGCAGCACCGACAACAGUGCCAGCAGCACCGACACAGGAACCCACUAGUGGCGGAGGUGACGUCGUGGUAAUCUCGAAUCCGACAGGUGUUCCGGCACCGACAACAACUGUGCCAGCACCGACAACAGAUGUGCCAGCACCGACAACAAAUGUACCAGCACCGAUAGCCGUCUCCGGGGCGUCUCCCACGGACGCACCUCGUUGGGUCUUGACCCGUCCUCCAUUUGCCACUCAGGCGCCCUUUGACUUUCCCGAGUUUCCCCUCCCAGAACCAGCGCCAACGGACCCACCUACAAACAGCAGGGCUGCUGAUGCUGGAGUUUCAGUUGUUCCAGGACUCGCCCUGGUUUUCGCUGGCCUGGUUGCUGCUUUGGGCGUAUAA